GUCAAACCUGCAGUCUAGCACUUUAGCCUAGCUUGCUCCAGACAGAGCCAUGGCCUCCAAACAGGCUGUGCAUAUGAAGCAUGGGCAAGGCGAAACAAGCUAUGCUCGCAACUCCAGUUUUCAGAAGGCUGAGCAGAACAGGAUGAAGCCCCUGAUAGAAGAGGUCAUCACGGACUUAUGCAGCAGCACCAGUAGCUUGUUGCACGGAAAGAUAGUGAUCGCGGACUUGGGAUGCUCCUCUGGUCCAAAUGCUCUAGCACUGGUAUCGACUGCCAUCAAUGCCAUCCACAACCAUUGCGUUCAGUUACAGCAGCCACCACCGGAAAUAUGUGUGCUGCUCAAUGACCUUCCUGACACUGACUUCAACAUGGUCGUGAAGAGCUUGGUCACACUCCGUCAAAGCAAGAACCCUGUUGUCGUGACAGGUGUCGCACCGGGAUCGUUUUACGAGCGCCUCUUCACUAGUAACUCCCUGCAUGUUGUUUGCGCAUCGAACAGCUUGCAAUGGCUAUCAAAGGCUCCCGAAGAUCUAACGAGGAACCGCAUCCCAGCGUUCGACAUUGAUGAGCAUGCUAGGCGUGAAAUGCUCCCAAUGGUCCGUGAGGCUUAUGAAAAACAAUUCAGGAAAGAUUUCAAGCUUUUCCUGGAGCUGAGAGCCAAAGAGUUGGUCUCAGGAGGCCGGAUGGUUAUUUCCCUGGUAGGGACGCGUUCUGAUGUAAUCGCCUCCAAAUUCUCUCUUUUCCCGGGAAUUGUAGCUCAGAUUCUAAGUGUAAUGGUCGCGGAGGGUGUGAUCGACAAAGAAAAUUUUGAUUCUUUCUAUGUGCCGCUCCAUGGACCUUCCAUCGAACAGGUAAGGGAGAUCAUCAAAGAAGAGGGGUCCUUUUCAAUCAAGGAGAUGCGUGUGCAUGACCCUACAGCCGAAAUGAACAUUGCUCUGAGCAGCCCAAGAAAGUUUGUGAAUAAUCUGAUAGCCUUAUUUGAGCCGAUAAUAGUCCAGCAUUUUGGAGAGGUUAUGGAUGAAUUUGUGAGGGCGGCAGAGCUGCAUUGGAGUCUGGAUGUGGAUGGGAGCUUGCGAGAGGAGCGGGUCAGAACCUCUCGAGCUAUGCUGGUUGUAUCCCUCGCGAAGGCAUGAAGAUGAGGUAUAGGUGCCUGAAGAUACAUGCACCACAUUUAAUGAGAUCGUACUUGAUUGUGUGGAAUGGACAUAUAAAUAAGCAAAAUAGUGUUGUUGUCUA